CACCCAAGACUCAGGUUCGAACCGUCCAGUAAUAAAAAGAAAAUAAAAUCGGGUCAGAAUCGUCUGUUGCCACCGAUUUCGCGUGAAGGAAGGAAGUGAGAGUCCCAAUUGAACACGCUCGUAACUCCACUGAUAAUUCCGCCAACCACUUCAAAUUACAGCACAAAAUCCAAUUCAAAUUUCCUCUUCUCGUCUCCAUCGCUGGAUUUUUCCCUUCUCGGACCUUCUCGUUGUAUUUGGUGCCUCCAUUGUUUCUAAACAUUAAUCAGGCUUCUGAUUCGUGUAUGGUUCUGGGGCUAAGUUCGUCGGAAAAUUGGGGACGCAAUGAAUAGCUCCUCACCAGCUAAUUCUUCCAUUUCUACCACAGCGGUUGCCGGAAGAUGUAGCACCAAUGCAGCAAUGUCAGUUGAUGAUUUUCGCUUCCCCGCAAAUUUAAUUUCGAUACCAGAGCGCAAGGACGAGGCCAUGAGCGCUCUUAAAUCUAAUAUAAUGGCUGCGCUGAACAAGGAGGUCAAAUCCCUGGAUGAUGAUAGCUGGAUGUUUGAAGGUCCUCGCUCCCGUAUCAAUCUUAUGUCACGACAAGGUGCUAAUUGCUAUGCAAUUCCCUAUCAGGUGGUUCUUUCCUCAAAAAGACAGAAGAGAAGAGAAGAUAAUGGGUCGGAUUGAUAAGACUGAUUAAGAGAUAUUCACCCUGAAGACAUCUUGUUAUUGUGGUGGCUGGCACUGCGCCUGGACAACACUCGGUUUCAUUAAUCAAGUAAUAGUUCUUCUUUUCAAGUAACAAUUUUUUCUUUAGGCAUAAACGGUUUGAGAAUGCUUGUCCAAAUGCAAUAAUCUUGCUUACAUAGGAUUGCUAGGAAAACAAAAGAUCUUACAUCUUAGAUUGGCAUUUUCUAGAGACAAAUGUCCCAACAUUGAAGUUAUUAAUGACUUGCUCGCUAUAAACUUAUAAUA